AAUCUUCCCAUAGUCCCUUACUAAUACAAGGUCGAAUCAUGCCUCUUCUUGGUAUGUGCUUCUGGGUUUCCUUUUCUCAUCAUUGCAACAAAUUCAUCGUAGUUAAUCCGACCAUCCUGCACAAACAUGCAAAUUUCAUCCUCACAAAACACAAAUGCUUCGUGGGACUUUGUUUUUGAUUGGAGCAUGCUUCUCCUAUUCAGCAUGGUUUUUUAUGCAAGUAAAGUUGGUAGAAGUAUUCCCAUUGAGGUAUUGGGGAAUAAUGUUACAAUGCGUUAUGGCAGCAAUUCAGUCAGCAGUAAUAGGCGCAUGUGUAGAUUCGAGUAAAGAAGCUUGGAGAUUAGAGUGGAAUCUACAACUUAUUACUAUACUCUACUCGGGAGCAUUGUCUACUGCUGCAGUAUUUUGUUUACAAUCAUGGGCAAUGACUAUCAAGGGACCUACUUACCCUUCAAUGUUCAAUCCACUUGCACUUGUUUUUGUUGCCUUUGCAGAAGCUAUGAUACUUGGUGAACCACUAACGGUUGGAACGUUGUUGGGCAUAGUUUUGAUCAUAGUGGGACUGUGCAGCUUUCUAUGGGGUAAAAGGAAUGAGAUGCCCACUUUGCCACAAACAAAUGUAGAGGGUCAAGAAUUACCAAGUAUGGUUGGCGACCAUACCGUGCCUUAAUCAACAAAAUAAUUUGAGUGGCGAUCACUCGAGUGGUUUCUGUGUGAAAUUUGAGUGGUCUUAGUAUCAUGUUUAGAGUUGCAUAUUUGAUGGUUCACAAAAUAGAUAAGCUUCCUAUAAAAUUGGAUGUUCCAAAACAUGAGAUAUCAACUUCAUUUUUAAAAAAUAUUUUUGUUAAUGAUACGUAACAUAAAUUAUACUUUUUUUUA